AUGUCGUACGACGGCUUCAAGAGCUCCAUCGCCGCCCUGCGCGUCGCCCCCGCCGCUGCGCCGACCAAGGACGCCGCCCAGGCCACGUCGACCCGCCCGAUCUCGCCGCCCGAGUCGGACGCCUCGUCGGUCGACGGCACCCUCGCCCUCGCCAACGACGACAAGGCGCGCUACGUCGAGGACUGGGACGGCAACCUGCGCUUCGCCCCGAUCAAGGAGGCCCACGUUUCGAGGGCCAUGACCAAGCGCCACGGCGAGGACCUGUACAACACGGCCGUCUCGGACAUCGUCAUCGUCGGCGCCGGCUCGGCUGGCCUGUCGGCCGCCUACGUCCUCGCCAAGGCCCGCCCCGAGCUCAAGGUCACCAUCAUCGAGGCCGGCGUCGCUCCCGGCGGCGGCGCCUGGGUUGGCGGGCAGCUCAUGAGCUCGAUGUGCGUCCGCAAGCCGGCGCACCUCUUCCUCGACGAGCUCGACGUCCCGUACGAUGACGAGGGCGACAUGGUCGUUGUCAAGCACGCGGCGCUCUUCACGUCGACGAUCCUCAGCAAGGUUCUCCGGUUCCCGAACGUCAAGCUCUUUAACGCCACGGCUGUCGAGGACCUCAUCACGCGCCCCGACCCGCUCGCCAAGACGCCGGGCACCGUCCGCAUCGCCGGCGUCGUGACCAACUUCACGCUCGUGACCCUCAGCCACGGUCUUCAGAGCUGCAUGGACCCGCAGACCAUCACGGCGCCCAUCGUAAUGUCCUUCUGCGGUCACGACGGUCCGUUCGGCGCGUUCUCAGUCAAGCGCCUCGUCGCGACGGGCCUCCUCGAGAAGCUCGGCAACAUGCGCACUCUCGACAUGCGCUCCGCCGAGGACUACAUCGUCAACCAGACGCGCGAGGUCUUCCCUGGCCUGAUCACGGGCGGCAUGGAGCUCAGCGAGAUCGACGGCGCCUCGCGCAUGGGUGCCACGUUCGGAGCCAUGCUCCUCUCGGGCAAGAAGGCCGCGCUCGAGGCGCUCAAGCUCUACGACGCCGUCGAGAUCGAGGACGGCGAGAUCAUCGGCUACAAGAGCGGCGACAAGAAGCUCGCCGCCUGAGCGCCGCCCGUCGUCGUCGACUGCCGGCCUCGCCGUCGCCCCCAUUCCUGUCCUCUCUCGCUUCGCCUCGCCCUCUCUCUCAAGAAACAGCAAACCCAAAGCAGCUUUCUCCCUCUCUCGUUCUCUGUCAGUGCAAUAAAGCGAUUCAACUCGCC